UUAACUUUCUGAUUUGCUGCAGUAGAGUGAGUGCUUGCCAUUUUGUUAUCACAUUAAACUGGCGUAAAAUUAUUCUGUAUCUAAAAGUUCUGGGGAUAACUAUAACAUAAAAGUAUAACAUAAUUUUCUUCUUAAUAUUUUCAACUAUUUAAACUUAAGAGUUUGCCGAAAACGUAUAUUGGGCAUAAAGCAGAUUUCUUUACUUUGUUUUACGCGUGGUGGUAUUAGUGUUAGUGAAAAAAUAAAAUAAGAGAAGAAGCAAGUGGUGUAAAAAAUGAAUAUUAUUGCUGGUGAACCAGUGCCUCCAGGGUUUGAGGAUGAGGUAAACCGUAUACCUGAGAUUCAACCGGCAAUUGACCAAUAUAAAGGAAAUGCACUAAUAGGUUUGGAAUAUACGGUGGAGCUGUAUGAAGAAGACCGCGAGCCAGGCUAUAUAUGCUUAUUAUGCGAUAAGCGUGCUGAUCCUCGCAGUGUGAUGCAGCAUUGGACUUCUUUUAAUCACCGUGUUAAAUAUUUAGAAAAACACUUUCCCACAGCUAUUCGAGAGAGUAAUUCAGUUAAAUAUAAACCAAAUUCGCAUAAUAUUAUGAUAAUAAUUGUGCAAAACUUGGCAGAAGCAAUAGAGGAUUGUCAUGGGAGAUCAAGUCUUUCAGUGUAUCAUGUUGAUGAUUUUCGUCGAAUGAAAAGUAAAAUUAUUAAAGACGUUAAUGCUAAACAUCAUUUUGAUGACCGUAUGGGACCCAAUUUUUUGAAUAUAAUUGAUCGUACAUUAGCUGAUAGUAAUGGUCCUAAUAAAAAAAUGGAAAAAACCAUUCAAAUCACACUGAAGGCACAAAAGCGAACAUCGGUCGACCGACCAUUGCAAAGUUCAAGUAAACAAGAUUUGGAUGAAAUAUCAAGCGAUUCAGAUACUGCUGAGACUCCGAAAAAAUCAAAAAAGCAUGAACAGACACCAGCUUAUCGAGUUUUACCAAGAGUACGACGUUCCCCACCAUUUGAAGAGGAACGUAAAAAAAGUUCGGAAAAAAUGUUACCAACACCGAGAGAAUUAUCUUUGCAAGCAUCACAUAUUGCGCAGGAGCGUUAUAAACUUGAAAAAUUUUUGUGUAUUUAUGGAAUGAAGUUUAAACAAUUGAAAGCUAAGCAAGAUGAGUACGAUAAAAAUCCUGACAAACAUCCAUGCUAUGAAGAAGAAUGGAAUAAAUUUUGGAAUCGUCGACGUAGUGAAUUGCAGGCAAAAAAAAAUGUUGAUCCAAAUACAUAUGAUUAUAACUCUGAAUGGUUAGUAUUUUGGACACAACGUGCCAAGGAGCUUUUUCAAGACGAUGUAGAAAGGUUGAAAAAAGAUAUUAAAAUUCAAUUAGGUAUACCAGAGGAUAGCGAAGAAAAGGUUGAUUUAUUAAAGAAAAAAUACAAAGUACAUGUUUCUAAUAAUGGAGCCCUACCCUCAAGCAAAGCUCAUAAAAGCGAAACGAAAUAUCCGGAACGUAUAGCAGAUGUUAUUGAUAUAAGUGAUGAUGAAGAUUCACCUAUUCGAUCCAAUUCACGUUCAAAAUCUCGCCAUACAAUAUCUUUGUCGCCUAGUCCACGACGCGAAUAUCGAAAAAAAUCUAGGGACUCGCUUAGUCCAAUUGAGAACGAUCGUUACUUUAGUAGAAAACAUACCUCUAGAGCUUACCCUAAUAAUGAGGGGGAUUAUUACACUACAUCAAGUUACUCGCACUCUCGUUUUUCCAGUUCUCAUCAUUAUCCACCGCAUGCAACAACAUCAUACCGUGUAAUGGACUCACACCAAUAUUCUAAACUAACAAGUGAAGCAAGCUUAAGUCCAACUUCAAAAACGUCUGCCUCAAAGGAGGAAAAAGAGCCUGAAGAGGAUGUUGGUACAUUAACUGUGGUUGCUGUGUUACGUUUACUGACCGCUCUUGAAGAUCAUUUGGGAAGUUUAGGUCCAAAAGUUGUUGAUUUGUUAGGCAAAGCUCUUGCUUUGGAAAAGGUUAAAGCCAAUUCUGCUGAUGACCUUUUGAUGAAUGAUGAUCAUUGCGUAUUCUUUGAAACUAUCAAGGAAAAACUGAAAGGGCUACUUAUUGCCGAUGUGAUUGAAGAUCACCAAAAGAUUCGUGCAGUAAAAAAAGCUAUAAAAAAUAUCGCUGCCAUUAUUCAUCAAGUAAACACAAAAGGUAAAGAUGCUGACAAAGUAGCUGAAAGUACUGCAGACUCUAUUGUUAGCGGAAAUGCAAAACGUAAAAGUUCGAAUAAAAAACCAACUCUUAAGGAGUUGCCAUUUGAUCGUCAAAUUGUUGCUACAAAGUUAGCAGCUGCUUUAGUUCUACAAGGUCGGGAUGAUGUUUCUACAGAAGAUAUGGAUAAGUUAAUUUUCAUAUUUCUUCUUAUGGUGAAAUUAUCGAAAGCCAGGUAUGAACUUGAUGGCCAACCUUUACGCAUAAAGAAUAUAUUGCCGGAGUUGGGAAUAAUGAUACAUAAACCAGAAAUUCCUGUACUUGCUGGACUCGUAGAUGAAUUUCUUGAAAAAGAAGUUAGUGCUUUGGUUGAUCAGGUUGAAGAUGAAAUAUCGAAUGAUACUUCAGAGAAAGACUCAAAAGUUGAUGCUAAUAGUAGUAUGCUCGAAUCCCUAACUGAUUCCGAUUUACAAACGUUAUUGCAAAACUUCAAACAUUUAUCUGUUGAAGAGCAACAUCAUCUAAUAGCCCAUCUUAAAAAGCUGGAAAAUGCUGAUCCCGUUCGUGUUGAAAAAUUACGAAAAUAUGUUGAUUUAGGUGAUUUGGGAGAUGAACCAUCUACAUCUAAGAACGCUGAAAUGAAAAAAUCUAGCUUAAAUGCAACGGCACCCACUAAGAAUGUAAAUACAAACGCUUUUCGUAAUUCACCUUCUGCUUCGACUAGCAGUGAUACUCGAAAAUUUUUCGAAGAUGAUAAUUCAAACGAUAGACGUCGUAAUAAUAAUGUUAUAAAUCCAAAUAAAUUUAGUCUUGAUGAUGAAGACGAUGAUGAUGAUUACAAUUUUGAAGACGUAUUUAAAGCUGUCUCUAAUAAUGUUAAUCGAACAAAAGAAGAUGAUAAACGAUCAUCCAAUGAUGAUAAAAUUAAAAAACCAGAUAAUGAACCAAUCGUACCAGUAUCAUCGUCACCAAACGCCCUAACAUUUAAUCCGGCCGGCUUAAAUAUAUCUCUGAGCGAUACUCAUAAUUUGAUUGCAAAUCUAAUGGGUUCAUUACAACAAAGCAAAUCAAAAACGCAAAAUCCAAAUACUAAUACAAAAGGCAAUGAACUGAAAUCAGGCACAAGUUCCUCAAGUACACUUGUUCAACAGCACCAGCUCCAACAAAAGCAACUUCAACAACAACAGCAACAACAACAACAGAUAUCUUCACAGGAUAUGCACCAACAGCAAAUGAAUCCGCAAAUGAAUCCGCAAAUGAACCAACAACAAUUGAAUCAACAAAUGAAUUCGCAAAUGGGACAAAACAAUAUGCAGCAAUACUAUCAACAAGGUUUCAGUGGUUAUAAUAAUAUGAUGAACCAGCAACAACCAAACUCAUAUAUGGGAAACUAUAAUGGAAAUGCUAUGGGUAACUAUAAUACUGCUGGGUACUCAGGUUAUCAGCAAUGGGGCAAUAAUCAAGCGAUGCCCAAUAUGCCGCAAUUUCCAUCCAAUCAGAACUAUGGACAAGGCCAAAUGCAAGCUCAACAGCAGGGUUACAAUAUGUACGCACGUAAUGGAAAUUAAAGAAAUAAUUAGUUAGGUUUAUAGUUAUAUAUAGUAACUAAAGUUCAUUAACAUUUACGGCUAUGUAUAGAUUUGUUUUAUUUUGCUUGGUUUUUUUUUUUUUGUUCACUUACCUUUAAGAUAUUGCAUAAUCCUAUUUAUGAGUAGGCAAAACAUAGUUACAAAAUAAUUCAAAGCUAAAGUAAAUGAUUAAAGAUAAUCAUGAUAACUCCAAACUAUUAUGAUUUGCUUAGUUUACCUAAACAUUCACUUAAUUAUUGUAUUGUAUUUUGUGCUUGGAUUAUAUACCUUCAAGGUGUAACAUAAAUUUUUUAAUAAGUUAUUUAUGAAACGAUUAAAUAAAUUGUCGAAAUGCUGAUGAAGUAUGCAACGUUAUAACCAAUUUGGAAUCAAUUCAGUUUAUCAGCAGCUUAAAAAAACAUUCAAAGCAUUGUAAAUACAACAACAACAAAAUAUAAACAACAACAAAUGCAUGAAAGCAGAACGAAAUUACGAAUAAUUUAUAGUCUUUAUUUAAGAACCAAAAACCAGUAAAAACAAUCAUUUUUGAAAUAUAUAUAUAUAUAU